UUUUAGGAUCCAAAGUCAAGUCUUUUGAGGAGUCUCUCCAGUGGAUGAGAAAAAGAAAAACAAACAGAGCCCUAAUUCCCAAUCAACAAAACCCGGCGAAGACGACGAGGACGAAGAAGAUAAGCUCAGGAACAAAGCACGAACCAAGAAGAAGGCGAGCCGGCUUGGCUUUACCACAAAACGCCUAUCGGAUCGGAGCCUAUUGGAAAAAAGGAAAGGUUUUCCAACGUUUCAAUCUUCUGAAAGAUCAUCGGGAGCCUUGCAGGUGGUUAAUGCUGACGGGUUUUGCUUGCAAUAAUGGAUCCGGGUCGCUAUGGUCUUCAGCAAGGAUGGGAUAAUAACAGCGCUCUGGAGGGGUAUGGUGCUGUCCAUGAGCCAAAUUUUCGGGCUGGUGGUUCAUAUGAUGAAAGGAGGUUUUUAGAUGAAAGAUACUCGAGGGAUAAUGUCUACCCAAGAAAUGCCUUCCACCACGACAUUCUGGAUAGGGAUAACUACCCACCACCACCUCCUGUUGGUAUCUGGACGCAGUCAAGAAGGAGAAGCUAUGAAGAAGAAUUUCCAAUUGAUAGGGACUCUAGACGACUUGAGAAACAGUAUAUUAAUGCCUACCAUGAGAUGGAUACUUUUCAUGACCCUGAAAUUGAUACAUUUCAGGGCUUUGAUAAAUUUCGGGAUGGCUAUCGCAAUCUUGACAACUAUCGUGAUCAUGGAUUUGACAAGCCUGCUAGGUUUGGGGGACGCGAUCGUGAUGACUAUGCAUAUGAUGAUUAUGACUAUAGAUCCCGUGUUACCCAUCAAAAUAGGGAGGAUAGCCGUGAAAGGGAUUAUGACAGACAUAGUUAUGAUUCUGAUUAUGACAGAGGUAGCAGGAGAGAUGGUAGUUGGAGGCGGCGUGGAUCCCGUGAUCGAGACCGUGAUAAAAGAUGUUUGAGUAGAGAAAGAGAUCAGAGUCCAUAUAGGAGACAUGAACGGUCUCGAUCUCGUGGACGUGAGGAUCACCCUAGGUCAAGGUCCCCUCGAGGUAGAAGUCAUGGUCGUAGUCAUCGAGAGGACAGCUUUGAUGAUGGUCGACAUGAAAGGAGAAGGGACCGUGAAGAGAAACGCCAGCGUGAGCAUUAUUCUGUGGCCCCAUCUGCCACUGUUGUUGUGAAGGGACUCUCUCAAAAAACAACCGAGGAAGAUCUAUACCAGAUUCUUGCUGAAUGGGGACCUCUUCGUCAUGUUCGAGUAAUAAAAGAAAGAAAUUCUGGCAUGUCAAGAGGAUUUGCUUUUAUUGACUUCCCUUCUGUGGGAGCAGCACGAACUAUGAUGGAGAAACUUGGAGAUGAUGGUCUUGUUGUUGAUAGCAGGAAGCUUUUCUUUGAGUACAGUAGUAAGCCAACUGGGGGGGCAGGUGGAUCUUUUGGUCAAGAGGGUGCUCUGAAAUCAGGUCUUAACCAUAAAAGCAUCACAGUCCCGUCUGAUUGGAUGUGCACUAGUUGUGGCUAUGUUAAUUUUGCACGGCGGACAUCCUGCUUUCAGUGUAAUGAGGCACGGACAGAAGAUGCUCCCCCUGCGGAUAUUUCUAUGUCAAAUCCAUCAAAUUUGGGGAAAAAAGGAUUGGAAGCAGGUCCUACCCAUGUACUGGUGGUUCGUGGACUGGAUGAAAAUGCUGAUGAGGAAAUGCUUCGUUAUGAAUUUUCCAAGCAUGCUCCAAUUAAGGAUCUUCGUCUUGUGAGAGACAAAUUUACUCAUGUUUCUAGGGGGUUUGCAUUUGUACAUUUCCAUUCGGUGGAGGAUGCUACAAAGGCUUUGGAAGCUACAAAUGGAACAGCCCUAGAGAAGAAUGGGCAGAUUUUGAGAGUAGCAUAUGCAAAAAGCAUUCUUGGUCCAGGAUCAGGGACAUCAGGACACUCACAGUCAAGCAGCCUUGCAGCUGCUGCAAUUGAAGCAGCAACAUUUGCUCAACAGUAUGAUGCUGUUGGAUGGGCACCAAAAGAAUAUAAUCCAGAUGACAAACAAUCCACUGGAGGGCCAGAGCAAAGUGUUGCAGAGAGCGUCCAAAGAGAUGGUUUGGCUCCACAAUCGGGUUUCGUGUGGGAUGAAGCAUCUGGUUAUUACUAUGAUGCUUCUUCUGGAUUCUACUAUGAUGGAAAUACAGGUCUUUAUUAUGAUAGUAAUAGUGGAAUUUGGUAUUCUUAUGAUCAACAAACACAGCAGUACAUCCCUUGCACUGAUCAAAAUGACAAUAAAACGUCUACAUCUCAAACUGAGCUUUCCAAGGUGUCGGAUGGUUCUAACAAUAGAAAAGUAGUGAUCUCUGCACGAGCUACUACCUCAUCAUCCGUUGAGAAGGGGUCAUCUUUACCAGAUGCUGUACAGGCUGCUGCAACAGCAGCAAUAGCAGCAGAGAAAAAAGAGAAAGAAAAGUUAAAGGAGAUUAAGCUGGCAUCAAAGAGCAGCAUUCUGGCUAACAAGAAGAAAAUGAAUAAUGUCCUGUCGUUGUGGAAGCAAAGGAGUAAUGAAGGGCAAACAACCCGUGUGGCUUUAGAUGACAAUCAGCUAACCAUAUCAGCUGAAGAGAGACCUCUUUCUGUUGGCCAACCGGCCAAGAUUAAGACAAAAACCGAAGUGAUGACCGCAAAGGAAAACACUAUCUCCAGUUCGGGAAUUAAUACAGCAAUGAUGUCUGCCCAGAAUGUUGGUUUGGAGUCUCCGGUUAAGCCAAGGCCUGUGAGUAACAGUUUGGGUGGGACAGUGAUGGGGGUCAUAAGGGGCUCCGGAAGAGGUGUGGUGAAAUCAGAUGCUUCGUUUUCAGGAUCAGCAACUGGAGUUUCUGGCCUUUCAGGUUCUUUUGCUAGUGCUGCUGGUUUGUCUUCAUCGACAAAUGCAGAUAUACCCACAGUCAUGACGCCCUUCAGAACAGAUGCAUCUGCAUUGGGGUCUUAUGCAUCGCCUGUACCAGCUGGGAGUGGAAAGAGGAGGUUCUCUGAGUUGCCUCCAGCUCCAUCUUCUACUCACAAGGAACAACCUCAGACUGCCUACAGAGAUCGUGCAGCCGAAAGGAGGAGUUUGUAUGGCUCAUCACCUUUCAUAGGAGAUGACUUGUCUGACGGUUUUGGGGAUUCAAAUCGGGAUUUUGCACUAAAGAAGGGAUCUUUGGAUUCAAUGCCUUUUCCUCCUGGUGUUGGAGGAGGACGUGCUGUUGGAGAUGCCUCUGCUAAUAGCUAUGAGGUGAUUACAGCUGACAAAGCAAUUGAUGAGACCAAUGUGGGCAACCGAAUGCUCCGCAGCAUGGGCUGGCAGGAAGGCCUGGGAUUAGGGAAAGAUGGAAGUGGAAUGAUUGAACCAGUACAGGCACAAGCCAUGGAUAACAGAGCAGGACUUGGAAGCAAGCAGAAGAAGUUGGAUCCAAGCCUAGAGGUUCAGGCUGGGGAUAGCUACAAAACUCUCAUUCAAAAGAAGGCGCUUGCCAGGUUCCGGGAAAUGUCUUAGGUGCACCACUUAUGAAGGAUGAUUGGGUCGAUAUUUAGAGUUGGCUUUAGAAAAUUGAUAUCAAAAUUGUAGAUGCGUUUUUGGUGGGUCUCGAUGUAUCAUAACUGCUUUGAAAACUAGCCUUCAAGCACUCAAAAUUCCGAUUUAUAAAAUUUUAGUUUCUAUA